AUGGCUACAACUACAACUACAGAAACACUGCAAUAUGUCCAAGUUCCAGAGACCUCGGAGUCUCUGGAUUGGGCCGAUUUGAGAACUUUGGAUCUCUCAAAAAUCGAUGACCCAGAGGGCAGACGCAAGCUUGUAGCUGAGUUUAUCCAGGCCAUGCAAGACGUUGGAUUUUUCUACGUCAAAAAUCACGGAUUAAGCAGGGAGGAAAUCGACACUCAAUUCGCCUUAGCAGAGUCCGUUCUUCUCCUUCCAAAUGAAGAAAAGCUCAAGUAUCGUGCUGCACUUGAGCAAGGCGAUUACAAUGGUUGGAAGCUGGCUAGGACCCAUAAUCUUAUUCCGGGAGUCAAAGACAAUUUUGAAAUCUAUAACAUUCCCAAGUUUAUCCCUGAGCAUGCGGGGAGACAACAUCCCGAAAUUGUGAAAGAGCAUUUGGCGACGAUUGAAAAAUUCUCGAAACACAUCCAUGAAAAAAUUGUGAGGAGGCUAUUGAUUAUAUUUGCUCUCGCUCUUGAGCUAGAAGACGAAGAAUGGUUGGUGAAAAGACAUCGAUAUGAAUCGACAAGUGGCGAUCACCUCCGUUACAUGAAGUAUUAUGCCAGAAGUGACGAGGAGAACAAGAAGCUUGAGAAUGUUUGGCUGAAGGGUCAUUCGGAUAUGGGGAGUCUCACUUUGCUUUUCCGACAACCAGUGGCGGCGUUACAAGUUUUGACCAAAGACGGAAUUUGGAAAUACGUUCAGCCACAGAUGGAUGCAUUGACAGUGAAUAUUGCAGAUGCACUUCAUUUCAUGACAAAUGGCUAUCUGAAAUCCAGUAUUCAUCGAGUUGUUGCACCACCGAAAGAUCAGGCCCACGUGGAUCGACUUGGAGUCCUUUACAUGGUGAGGAUUGAGGAUGAUGCAGAUCUUGUCCCGAUUGAGGAAUCUCCAGUUCUUCGAGAAAAGGCUCUGUUAACGAACAAGAUCCUUGAUGCCGAUGGAAAGCCCGUCAAGGCAGGUGAAUGGGUUAGACAAAGAGUGAUCAAGAAUCUCGGAGAGUCUACUUCAAAGGAAGGUGAUAAUGAGGUGGUUGAAGUUGAAAUUAUCAAGGGAGUUUCUGUCAAGUAUUUUGAUUAG